UUUUUUGAUUCCAUCUUGAAAAAUUGAACAUAAAUAUUUUAGCAGUCGAAAGGUACUAACUUCAUCUAGCUCUAUCCGGUUGGUGCGGUCAUAUACAAUAUGUUCGGCUUUGCUCUGUUUUUGAUUCUGCUGCACUCCUGCAAUCAGUGUGAAGCUUUUAGAAGCAUUGAUAUAGAAGAUUUGGCUUCUAAUAACUCAUGGGUGAUCAGCUACAGUUCAAGCUGUAGCACCACCUGCGGCCUGGGCAUCCGUACACAGAGGCUCUGCCCUUGGGGGACCAGGGAGGAGACUAGUUCACCUGCAUGCAGAGUUCGUCAGGUGCAGUGUUUGGACAACUGGCAGUGUGGGCUGCAAACUCAAACAGCCAUCACAGGACAGUAUUUGGAGCUGGACUGUCUCGAGGAGGUCAUGGAAGCCAUGGGCCGCUUCUCGUUUGCAGUGUCGUGGCGCUACGCACGAGGGAUCAUCACCACCAAUAACCGCUUCUUUAUAAAGCAUGAUGUCCCAGGGCUGGACAAGAUCAUCUUGAAUCCGGUGAAGGAGGAUGAUGCUGGGACAUACCGCUGUGAUGUAUUGGACACGUCUCACCACAGGGUGAAGAGGAUGUAUAAAGGACUGAAGGUUCUAUCGGCACAUGUUCUGAACCUGAAAUUCGCCGAGGGUUUGUCCGAGUGGGAGAAAGCCGAGGUGAUGAAUGUAACUGUCGUCACUGGGAAACUGUAUCCAAGCAGCACCGUUCGUAAUAUGGUGCUGCACAGUUUGUCCAUAUCCAUCAUCGUGGCUGAGAUUGUCUUCCUUGGUCUGUUUGCUUUGUCUUACUGGAAAUGUUCAACAAGGAAAGACCCAAUUUCCCAUGAGAUUUAAGGAAAACCCUGAUGACUCAUUUGCUGUUUUUCAUCACUUCCCUCA